CAGAUGGUCGCCUCGAGCGCGCUGUUCUCCGAGCUGAUAAAGAAUCGCGGCGGACUGUCGCGACCACGAGAAGUUUUUUUAACGAGCAUUUGGGUGCGUGCAGUGACACGAUCAAUAUAACAGCACUGAGAAGUGCAGGUAGGUUAUGCGCGUUGCUCCUUAUUUGCUAACGUACGCUUUUUUAGGCAAUCCGUUAUCUGAAGUGUUGCUUUACGACUGCAGACCGUGUUUCCUUCUUAAAUUGCUAAAUCGUUAGCAGGUUGCAGAGGUGUUCGGAACGGUGGGAGAGUACAGAUCAGUGCGGGUUCCAUAUGGGAGGCUGAAAGCCAGGGGCAUCUGACCCGGAGGAGGGCGUGACUCAGCACGGGGGAGCCCGUGAAGGAAAGGGCGUGAGUUUUUUUUUUUUUUUGUUUUUUCGUCAAAAAGGGUCGCCGCGGCAACAGUCUCCCAGGCAACACACUGACUUGACUUCCUUGUCGGGGAAGAACAGCUGGACCCUGUCCAUCGCCGCUGACCUCCGGAGACUUAGGCUCUCCACCGAUCAGCAUUCAGGAGAGGGACACCUGGGAAAGCGCGGACGGCUCGGAUUGGCUCGGUAAAAUAAAGAGAGGAACCCAUCGCUACGCGGGGACGUUAUUAAUAUUAAUAUAAUUAUUAAUAACAAUAAUCUCUGCACAGCGCUGUUCUCCAUGCGCUGUGCACGUCCAGGACUGUGUUCAUAGGCGUCAAACGCAGUUCUUCAGAGAAGAGCACACGUGUAGGAGUCUUAAUGGCAGUGGCAGAGCGUUGGGCAGUGGAGCGGGCCAUCUGAUUGGUCAGCAUCGAUUGAAUCUCGCUCUAUGGCGGGUUGCCUUGAUCAGAGGAAAUAAAUACAAGCUGUUUCCCCGGUCACUGUGGAUGCCCAGGGUAACUGGCUUGCACGGGGCGGCGAGAAGACCAUACCCACGAAAGAUUUGAACCUGCAACCACACCCCCGACCCCCCCCCCCCAAUUACCCGUUGUUAAUUACCCUCCGUUGCUAACCUGCUGUCACCCGGUAACGAGCCGCCAAUCACAGGCCAGCCUCUCCGUCAUUGGUUCGUCACCUCUGUGAGGCAAUUAGCCAGAAUUCCCACCCUCCUCUGCACCCCCCUCCCCCCCCCCCCCGCCCCACUCCUGUGUGAUGUGUUUCAGUUUUAACACGUUUCGGGGUCCCUGUCAGCCACCCGCGCUUUAAAUAGCCAAGCGCCGCUGUCAGUUCAUUUGCACCUCCUCUCCUCCCCUCUCCCCUCCUCUCCUCUCCUCUCCUCCCCUCCCUCCCUCUCCCCUCUCCUCCUCUCCUCUCCCCUCCUCUCCUCUCCUCCCCUCUCCUCUCCUCUCCUCUCCUCUCCUCUCCUUGUCGUAAAUACACCUGUUUCACACCAGAAUCUGUUUGGUCAAUAGCCUGAUCCGGACUACUGUGCGUGUGUGUGUGCGUGUGUGCGUGUGUGUGCGUGUGUGAGUGUGAGUGUGUGUUUGCGCGUAUGUCUGGCGAGCUGUCAAAAGCUGUCAGCCGCCCCGAUUCAGACACAGACACAGACGCAAACAGCCCGUGGGGAUCCCCCGCUCCUGCGGGAUCCCGCACGCCGAGCUCGGCCGCCAAUCUGGCAACCCUGCCGGCGCUCCACCCGACCCUGUCCACGGUCUGCAAGUUCUGCCGCCGCGGCGCCUGGACGAUGAACGAUGGCCCCGCCCCGGACUACGAGCCCCUCCCGCCAGGGCCCUUCUCCGUGGCCGGGGCCCCCACCGCGCCCCCCCUCCCCCUGGACGCGUACACGGAGCAGGGGGCCGGGCUGGUCUUUGUGGGACUGCUGCUCCUCCUGCUGGCCGUGCUGCUGGUGCGCUGUUUCCGCGUGCUCCUGGACCCCUUCAGCCGCAUGCCCUCCUCCUCCUGGACCGACCACAAGGAGGGGCUAGAGAGGGGCCAGUUUGAGUAUGCCCUGGUUUAGCUCCUCCUCCUCCUCCUCCUGGACUGACCACAAGGAGGGGCUAGAGAGGGGGCAGUUUGAGUACGCGCUGGUUUAGCUCCUCCUCCUCCUCCUCCUGGACUGACCACAAGGAGGGGCUAGAGAGGGGGCAGUUUGAGUACGCGCUGGUUUAGCUCCUCCUCCUCCUCCUCCUGGACUGACCACAAGGAGGGGCUAGAGAGGGGGCAGUUUGAGUACGCGCUGGUGUAGCCCCCAGACCCCCCCAAACACCCCCCACCCCCCCAGGACGGCAUCUGCCCACCUGGCAAAUACGGUCGCCGACCACUUAAUCUGCAAAUGUGCUGUUUUACAGUGACAUGUCAUAAUGGGAGGGGGCAGGGUUUGGAUCCCCCCCCCCCACCACCCAGUGAAGGGGGGGGGAUGGAGAACCUUUGAAGAACCAUUAAAGAACCAUUAAAGAACCCCUAACGAACCCCUAAAGAACCUUUUGUUCCAGGCCUUUCAUACAAGGAGAUGCUCAACCUUUUGAAGUUUGAUUAACAAUCAGUCACUUUCUUACACACUGCCCCCUUGUGGUUGAUCUGUCACUCUGUCCCUUCUUGUCAUUUCUGACCUGUCUGGAUUGCUUUAGAUUUUUUACCUCAUGGAUGAUGGACAUGCAGCCCGGUACCACCCUCAGGCCCCCUGAGUCCUGUGAUUUGGGUGGGGACCAGAUGACAGGACCAGUCUUGGCGUGUGAAUUAAUCUUGAGCUGUCUGGCGUUCAGCUGUGCCAGACCAGGUUUUUUUUUUUUUUUUUUUUUUCACACACAAGACCAGAUUGGUGGUAUAAAUAAAUAUUACUUUUUGCACUUAAAUUUGACUGUGUGUUUGGACUGAGGCGGAUCAAACCAGUUUUUUUGCUCGACCGUGAAGAUGAAGAGGGUGGGGGGUUUGGGGGGGUUGGGUGAGGGGGAGGUUUGGGCAGCUGCUAGUUCCUUAACCCAUGCUGAAAUGCAGCCCUGAGAACCUUGACUGGGCCAAUAAAUCCAUAAUGAACACAUUCACAAGAGGGGGAAAAAGCCUUCAUUUUAAGGUGUGAGAUCACAAAUAUAUGAUUAGGAUGUUCUUAACUGAACAUUCUAAUGAAAAGCAAUGGAGUUCUGGAACACUGGCUUUAGAAUUUUGAAGAAGAAAAAAACAUUCCAAAAAACUUGCAUUUCGAAGGGUUAGAUUGUACAAAGCUGAUGUGUUUGUAGGUCAUACAGUGUCAGGGUGUUAGUGCAGAAGUUGUAAAGCCAGCUAAUGAAUAAAUGUACCUGUUCCUGAGUAUUGGUGCUCAAUUUCAUGAGUUUUGAUCGUAUAUAUACCUACCGCAAAGUACCAUUGGUUCUCUGUAGUGUUAAAAAACAAGAAAGAAAGAAAGAGAACCUUGCUGUGUUUGCAUGAAGAUAUUUUUUGCUAUAUUCAAGAUGGAUGGCUAUGUUCAACCGUUGGAUCUUCGGAUUCAUCAGCAAUGGAAAUAGCUGGAAAUGGAAGGGGUUGCAGAGUGUGCUGUGCCAUCUCGCUCAGGAUAAACUAUCUCUGUGUUAUAGAUAUGAACCUUGGUCCAAUCAUCUAUGGCAGGGAGUGUUGUUCCUGAAUCAUAAAAUGCCUCUGAAAUUGUUACACCAAAGAAGAUUACCCUCUAUGGUACUCUGCCGUAAAGUGGAGGUAUGUCAUAUUUGAGAACAGCAUGCUGGUUUCAAAUCAGCCUCUUUUAUAUGAAGCUGAUGAUCUAUAACUUCAAGCCAACAUUCCUUCCCAGCUAAUGUGUCAUGGACCUAAUUGCUCCAGGCAGUGUUUUUUUCCCCUUUGUAUAAAUACCAAUUCUGUGUGUGUGUUUGUGUGUGCGUGUGUGCAUGCAUGGGUGGGGCGUGCGUGUGUGUGUGUGUGUGUGUGCAUGCACGGGUGUGUGUGUGUGUGCAUGGGUGUGUGUGUGUGUGUGUGUGUGCAUAUACUGUAUAUAAACACUUAUUGUAUUGGUGGUUACCAACUACUUACUACAUUGCCCUGUGAACCUGGCAAGUUUGGUGAAAAACUGUUUACUCUAAACUGUAAUGUUAUUUGAUUUUUUUUCUUCUUCCUAGAACAUGAGAUUGAUAAUCUUUAUUUUUGUAUUUUGGCUCGAGUUCGGAGUCCCUUUUGCUAUCAGCCGUGGGUAUUACUCUGCUUUUUACUUGAAUGUUAACAAGCUUUUAUUCUGUCUGGGGCCAGGCGAGGAGCGGACGUGGGUGUUUUGUGCUUUUACCGGUUUGUGUUUGUACAAUUUGUAAGUGCACUGCCACUGGAUACUGCCCUGUUUUCUUUGUAAAAACAGGGUUUUUUUUGUGUGUUGAAAUAAAGUGGGGUUUUUAAAAUCAA